AUGCAAAUUUUUCAGUUAGAGGCUCGAGCUCCCGUCCGAUCGUUGCUGAACAUCUACUCGAGCACCGCGAAGAAGCACUCGAGCACCGACGCGACGCUGCUGAAGAAGCUGCUCGAUGAGAUCGUGCGCAACUGCAACCAGAACCUGGACGUCGACUGCCGCGUGUCGAAUGCUCGCUCUCUGGGUUACCACUUGGGCACCGUCUUCGAGGAGUGCGAGUUCAAGAUGCCCGUCCGGCUUCAGCGCGUGCUCGACGGGGCCGAUCGUCUCGCCGGCGGCGGAUGCGCGCAGGAUGGCCUGGAGAAUGCGGCGGACCGAUGUCCGGAGGGCGCACUGGCCGAUCUGAAGAACAUGAUCCAAGAUCGCAAGACGUUCCUGGACGCGGCCCAGAAAAUUGUCGGCCAGAUCGAAGGCAUGCGCUCGGACACUGCCGAUCUGGCCAUCAUGGCCGUGACCAUCGAGUCGGCCGUCAACGAGGCAAUCGAAGUUAUCAAGCACCACCCACGUGACGGGCCGACCUGGGAGGAUGAGUUCCCGCCCCCCGACCCGCUGUCUCCAGGCAUUAUUGUGAUGCCCGGGCGAAAACGAUUGCGGCUAGCGGUGUUGUCGACGUCAAGCCAGGAAAGCAGUUCCGAAGAAGGUGAUGGUACGGAGGCGGCGCGUGCCAUCGAGGAUGCAUCCGAAGGUGCAAACCGAUUAUUCGACGCGCCAGGAGGUGACUGGCCAGAAGAGAUUGGGGAAUUGUCAGAGGAAGGCGAGCCGGACCCGGGCGGUUGUGACGAAUCGACCGAUGAACCAGUUGACCAAUUCGGGGGCAAUGUGCUGACAGAAGAUACGACGUUGCUGUAUUUGACGGUGGCCAUGGACUACAAUCUGACGAUAAUUCGCUCCAAGCUGCGAAUAUCUGAUGGAGGUGCAUAUAGCACGGGGCUAACUGUGGACGUACGCGUUCAGGCUGCAGGUAUAAUUUCGGCGAUGCUGGAAGAAAUAAGGGACGUUCAUGCCAGGAUUCACAGCAACGACCCGCCGGAGGACACUCGGAGCAGCCAGGAAUUCGUCGAAAAUAUGGAGACGAUGCAGCAGUUCGAAGAAAACCAGCUUGUCGUGCAACUAAUGCUAAAUACCGAUGGUUUCGACAUGAAGCCUUAUUCUAACGCAUCCUGUUGGCCGUAUUAUGGUGCCAUAUGGGAUUUGGAGCCAGAGCGCCGGGGCGAGCAAAGCAGCCAUAUCCUCAUCGGGGCAACCUCGAUCCCGACGGCAAGUCGUGGCGUUGGUGACGUGAUCGAGGCGGCGACAGCGAAGAUGAUGGAGCGGGUACGAGAGCUGCUACGGGACCCGAUCAGAAUCGAAAAGAAUGGAGAGAUAUUUCUGGUCAAAUGCAUCGUGGCGGCGACGAUACUCGAUGGCGAUGCGGUGCGCAAGCUCUAUAAGACGGAAAGCUGGGCCUCGGCAAAUGGCUUCUGCCCGGUUUGUCGCUUGCUGGUGAUCGAAAAUGGACGAGUCAUCUCGCUCACCGACCGGAGCAAUGUUCGGGUUACCAGGUAUUCGCUAAGGGCCGGUAUCCUGCGUGGCAGUAAUGCGGAGCAGGGCUUGCCAGUCGAAGUCAUCCGGAAUACCGCCUUUUCGAGGUUGGUGCCGAUGAACUUGGUGAUGUUCGACACGCUUCACUGGCUGGAUUUGGGCGUGUUCAAACGGCUCGACUCAGUGCUUGCCGGCCACAAAGAGGAUUUGCUUUUUGGGCUCCCGGCAAAAAUACGGCAGCUUCUCACCGGUUUGGAAUCGGCCGUCAUUCUGCCCACAUAUUAUGCAACGACGAUUCGCCCAUUCGAUCAAGGGAAUAAGUGCGGAAAAGAGAUCUUUCUGCACGUUUACAUCAUGGGGAGUGUACUGCUCGGGCAUGGAACGCUGGCCGGCCUCAAAUGCAGCCCAUUAAUGGCGGCACAACUACUCGCCAUGCUUGCGCUUAUCUACACUGCGAGGCGAUUAAAAGAGCUGAAAAUCCCUAAGAGCGAGCUGGCCGAGAUUGCCGAUGAUCUCGAAGGAUUGGGCACAGUGUUCGAGACGGUUUUCGGAAGAAUGAAUAUGAAAGAACACUUGCUAUUUGCCCAUCUGGGGCAGCAGCUGCGUCGAUUUGUACCAGCGCAGCAACAUCGGAUGCGCCUUUAUUACCUGGUUGGU